AUGACCACUCAAACAUUUCCAGAAGCACUCCAACUCAAGGUGCAGCGUCAAUUAUUCAAUAUAGUUAUGGAAGCUAAAGAAGAACAUAUGAAUCAUUUGAGGAAUUCUUCUGAGAGAUCAUCUACAAAUGUACAUAGCUUUAGAGGCAAUUCACCAUUUCAUGUACCUAUAGACAAUACAUCCCAUUCCUAUUCAGCGAUGUCUAACUAUUCAGCGACGGAUCGCCUGCCUAAUACAUCACAAUCGCACAUCAUUACAGAAACUAUUCCAGAAAUUCACCAGCAGAAUAUUUCGGAAGAUGCAUCCUCAAUGUGUAAUAUUCGCAACUAUUUAGAACAAUCAAAUUUUGAGUAA